CUGUAGGGCACGGUAGGCUACUGUCUCUUUUGAGGCCAGCUGGACCACGCCAAGGGAGUCGACCGCUCUGCGCGUCAGGUUGUCCCUGCCCCACUCGGUGCCUCAGCUUCCCUUUGCUGCCUGUCCUGAGGGGGGCGAGGCGCGCGCCCAGGCUGUUCGCUCGCGGGCUAGGAGUGGGCAUAGUAGGUGGGGUGAGCCUGGCUUUUUUGUAUGAACCGAGUGAGCGGGCACGCGCACGGGCUUGGGCGGGGGUAAAGGAGCUGGGCGAGCGCAUGCGUAGAUGGGGCUGGGGACUGGCGAGCUCCAUGAUCUGCGUCUGAGGGCGUGAGGCCUUGGUGCUGGUGGGGUCAAGGGUGAGCGCAGGCGCAUAAAGGGGUGCUUCUAGCCUCCGGUGGUGGACUAGGCCUGGAGCGGAUCGCGCGUGCUCGUGCUCGCUCCCCCGCCUCCUCUCCGAAGAUCCGCCGGGUCAUGGCAGAGGGCCUAGAGAUGGGCAAGGACCCCAACGACCCGACCCACUCGCGGACGCUGUUCAUCCGUGAGGACGGCAGCUCGAUCUCGUUCUAUGUGCGGCCGGGCCCGGCGAAGCGGCGGCUGUCCACGCUGAUCCUGCACGGCGGAGGCACCCUGUGCCGGGUGCAGGAGCCUGAGGCCGUGCUGCUGGCCCAGCCCGGGGAGGCGCAGGCCGAGGCCUCGGGGGACUUCAUCUCCACGCAGUACAUCACGGACUGCGUGGAGCGCAACGAGAGGCUGGACUUGGAGGACUACCGCCUGGGCCGCAGGGAGCCCGAGAGCCCCGAGGCGGCCGAGGAGGCCUACACAGAGGCCGAGGACCUGGAUGUCCGCUACGUGAAGGACAAUGCCCGCUCCCCGAGCGCCCUGGCGGGCGUCGCCCUGUGGAAGGCCAUGGAGAGGGCGGCCCUCACCCCGCAUCCCUGGCAGUCCAUGAAGGACCGGUACCUGAAGCACCUGAAGGGUCUGGAGCAAAAGUACCUGGAGGGGGAUGAACCUGCCAGCCCCUCUCAGAAGCCCAAGAGAAAAGCAGAAGAAGCAGAACCUGCAGACGGUGAACCCCAGAAGAAAAAAGCCCCUGAUCUGCCUGAGGACGACAGUGCAGAGGAGCAAGUGCAAGAGAAUGAAACAACAGAGGAAGACGUUUUGUGCCCUGAAAACCAGGAGGUUGAGAAUAGUGAGGUUCAUGAUCAGACCCCUGACCUUGAAUUAACUGUGAUUAAAAAUGGAGAGCUGACCAGUCCUGGAAAAAAUAAGUCCAGUUUGAAAGAGGCUCCAGAGGACAGUGAGGUCAUUGAAGACUCUGUUUUAUUGGAAACGCAGCCUGAAGCAGAGGAAAGCGGUUCUAGCCCUUCUCUUUCACCUGAAGUGGGAGCUGCCAUCAAAGUCAUCAAACACUUAAUGGAGGAGUUUAGUGUGGAUCUAGCAACGGUCACACAAGCUUUCUUGAAAAACAGUGGGGAACUGGAAGCCACUUGUUCUUUCUUGCAGACAGGCCGGCGAUCUGAUGGAUAUCCAAUCUGGACCCGACAGGAUGAUGUGGAUUUGCAGAAAGAUGAUGAGAAUACCAGAAGUAAAUUGAUAAAAAAAUUUGGUGCUAAGAAUGUAGCGAGGAGGAUUGAAUUCAGAAGGAAUUAGGGCAGGAUGUCAGGGGAAAAGGCCAGACUCUAGGGUUCGUAGAAUGAGCAGUUGUCGGUGAUGGGGGAAUGGCAAAGACUGACACUUGAUUACUAACCCGUACUGUUAUUGCUCUGUUAGAAAGCACUUGUUAACAAAAGUGACCAUUUAAGAAAAUUUAAAAGUAGGCAAAUAGGGAAAAUGUGAAAAUAGCUCAUAGUCAUGUAGUGCUUCAGAGUCCAAAAAGGGCCUUUCAUCCAUUCCCUCUGACAUCUGAUCCUCACGUUAGUCGUGUGAGGUGGGGACUAUAAGUGUUAUCAUUAAAGAUGAAAUUGAAGAUCAAAUGAAAUGUCUUCCCCCCCUCCCCCACUCACUGAUACUCAGAAUUAGAUUUUGGAGGUGGGAUUUCAGCCACUUGGCUCUCAUGUCCAACUCUUUUCCUGCUGUAUCGUUCUGUCUUCCAGGAGUUGUUUGAAAUAUUUAUUAGUGUAAAGUCUUAAGUCAGAGAAUUCCAGUUCAUUUUAACCUGUAAUCUCUGUUCCUCUGGCAGUAAGCUAGUUCUAUUUCAGUGGUGGGAUAAAAUAUAAGUUUGUGUUUUGCAUAAAAAGAAAGAGAACCUCUAAACUCUUAGAGUAUGUUCUGUGUAGUUAUGGAUUCAUGGGAUCAUAGACCUAGAGCUGGUUGAGGCCUUAGAGUCCAUUGAUUCCAGUCCCUUCAUUUUAUAGAAGAAGGAACAAGGCAUAGAGGUUUGGUGAUUUACCGAGGCUCCCACCCCUAUUAAAUGUCUUGAGAAAAGAUUUUAAUCCAGGUCUUCCUAACUCCCAAGUCUGGUGCAUUAUCCAUUACGUGGUGAUACUCCCAGUAAAAGAAGUAGUAGGCUACAAGGGGAGGAAAAAGCCAACUCCUCCACCAUGGGAUUCCCACUGCCCUUGUUAGAUGUAGAACUCCACAAACCCGAUGGGAUUUUGGAUCUCAGAGGCCGUCUGUUUCAAUGCUGUCAUUCUGCAAAUGAGGAAACUGAGGGCUAGGGCGAAUAAGAAAUAGGGCCAUACUAGUUUAAUAAAUGGCAGGUGGGAUUUGGACUCAGGGUCUUUGACACCAGAGGCAGUGUUCCUUCCACUGUACUGCACUGUCCUUUGGCAGAAAGUGAUGUAAAUUGGUUGAGCCUGUGAAAAUCUGAUGCUAUUAAAAGCCAGUUAUAGGGCCUUUUAAAACUGCUUGAUUUUUACAGGGUUCAACAAAGUGAUGGAGACCAGGGGUUUUCACCUUUUUCUGUGGCGUGAACCCCUUUGGAAACCUGGUGAAACCUUUGAACCAUUUCUCAGAAUAGUGUUUUUAAAUAAUUGACAGAAAUGCUAAAUUUCAUUUAGAGAUUAGGGAAAAUAAGGGUGUAAUUUUUUUCCCAUUCGAGUUCACAGAUCACUGAAAUCAGUCCAUGGACCCCACUUAAAAAACCUUUGAAAAGACUUAAUUGAAUUCAUGCAUCUUGCUAAACACCAAAGAAAACAGCAAUUAAAUUUGAUUCCCUGACUUCUUUGAAAAUCACCCACUGAGCUGUGACUUGAUCCAACCAUUUUUGAAAGCGUUUUAAGAGUAAUAUGAAGAAAAGAGCCAAAACAUUCGUACUUAUGCCCAUAGAUUACAUUGCUAGGAAUAUGCUUCAGGUACAGUCAUGUAGCAUUUCUUAAGUGCCUACUGUGUGCCAGGCCAUGUGCUAAACUCUGGAGAUAAAGAAUAGCAAAGGACAGCCCUCAUUCUCAUCACUUACAGUGAAAAAGGGAAAGACAGUAUACACCCAAAUGCAUAGCAGCAGCUUUUGUAGUAGCAAGGAGCAAGAAACAGAUGCCCAUCACUGAAGGAACGGUGGCAUAAGUCGUGGUGCAUAAACGUAAUGGAAUAUUACUGUGUUGUGAGAAAUGAAUAGAGAAAUGUGGUAAGACUGAUACCAAGAGAAGAAAGCAGACAUAGGAGAUUAGUAUACACAAUGACUACAGUAACAACAGAACCAUUGAAACUAAACUCACUUCAAAAUUAUAAUAAUAUAUAGAAUAAUAGAAUAAUAUAUAAUUAUAUGUAAUAUAAUAAUAAGCUUGGCCCAAAGGAAAAAAAGAUAAAAGUUAACCUUCCUCCAGCCCUGGGACUAUGCAUGUGGAACACUGCAUAAUGUCAGACUUGUUUGUUAUGUUGGUUAGUUUGCUGUUCUGUUUUUCCUUCUCUUAUUCUGCUAUAAGCAAUACCUGUGUACAUUGAGAAAUGUAGGUGAUAUAAAAACAAAGGAGAAAUAAAUUUAUUUUAAAAAUUUCUCA